AACCAAAAAUAAGCAGACCGUUUCGGAAAUGGUUUUUGUCGGUCUGGUUUAUAUGUUAGAAUACAAUAAGUGAAGAACACCAAAACCCAGUCCAUUUCAUUUUGCAGAAAACAACAGGGAAAGAAAUUUCUGACCCUAACCGCGUGUCGUUAAAAUCCUCAAACGCAGAGUAGACAUAGAAUUAUCAAAAAGCGGGGAAAGGGAGAUUGAAUUCGAUCCUGGGACGUUAACGUUGUUUCAAUUCAAUUGUGGUCCUGUCGGUGCCCUAUCUCAGACGACGAUGUCAUCUUUAUAUAGAGGGGAAUCCAGGAGGUACAACAAUAAACCAAGAGGACGUCAUAAUUUGACAACGCAGAAGAAGCAAGAGAUUAAGGAAGCCUUUGAGUUAUUUGAUACUGAUGGCUCAGGUACUAUUGAUGCCAAGGAGCUGAAUGUUGCUAUGAGGGCCCUUGGAUUUGAGAUGACAGAAGAGCAAAUCAAUCAAAUGAUAGCAGAUGUGGACAAGGAUGGAAGUGGAGCAAUUGAUUAUGACGAAUUUGAGUACAUGAUGACAGCCAAAAUAGGAGAAAGGGACACUAAAGAGGAGCUCAUGAAAGCUUUCCAUAUUAUUGAUCAUGAUAAAAAUGGAAAGAUAUCCGCAUUAGACAUCAAGCGCAUUGCAAAAGAGCUAGGUCAAAAUUUCACUGACAGAGAGAUUCAGGAGAUGGUUGAGGAAGCAGACCAAGAUAAUGAUCGAGAGGUUAGUGCGGAGGAGUUCAUCACGAUGAUGAACAGAACUCGCUUCCAUCACUAGUCUUAUCUAUAUGGGGGCAGUUGAUAUCUUUGUUUGGCUGCACUACUAGUAUAGGAAAAUUAAAAAUAAAAUAAAAAACUGAAGCUAUGUACUCUUUGCUAUUGUAAAAGUUGUAUGAAUGAUUCCUAUCUAUGUUUGGGUAUUGCCUAUGAAUAAAAUUGAUGUGUAUGUCCAUAUUUUGGUUUAA